AUGGCCAUGUCUCCGGGCGCGCAACGCCUGCCCUCUCAGUACUCUGCUGCUGCUGGCAGUCCUUACGGCCAACCGCCAGGCUACAUGGGCCCGUAUUCCAUGUCCCAAGCCCCGCCGCCGAUGAACAUCCUCUCGCCCUCGAUGCCGUACUCGCACGGCUUUGCUCCUCCGGCUGCCUUGCACGUCCCAGAUGCCGGCAUCGCACCUCAGAAUCCGUACGGCUCGCCACCUCUAGUGCCCCCGCACAUGCAGCCGCAUCCUCCAAUAUACCAGCUGCAACGUCACCCCUCGGAGACCUUGACCCCGGGCAGCAGCCACUCGUUCCCAAAUUCGCCCGGGCUUGCCGGAGUCAUGAACCAGCCGCUUCCAUCACCGCGUUCGGCGUCCCCUUCCACGUCACAGGCGCCCACUCCUUCGCAUAACGUUCCGCCAGCGUCGUACGGUCCGCAUACGCCGUAUUAUCCGCAGGUAUCCGGCGCGCCAUACACGUACUCGAUCCCCGCCUACACGCAAUCUCCGGUUUACCAGACGGGGCACUACCCAGUGUCCCCGUUCGGAAGGUACCCUUCCUCGUCUGAGCCGGAAAGCCCCGGGCAAUGGUGGUUCGUCGGAGCACCUCCGGGCUCCAACGUCGGCGCCUCCUACCCGAGCCCGUACCCUGGCUCGUACUCGUCGACCGGCGGCGGUCGCGACGACUCGUUCCUUCGUCAGGAGACUCCGCCAACGGCGUCCGCCGGGUACCCAAGCCAACCUCUUCGCCCACAAGGCACGACCGCAACCGUGAGAAACAUGGAAGGCGCCUCCGUGCCUGGGCGGCCGACGAGUGCGCCACUGUCACCCCGAUCUGGACAUAGCUCAGCUGCAUCUGGCCCGCCGCCGUCCGCGACCGAUCGCGCAGUGAUCCGCCGCCCGUAUCACCCGAGCCCGCCAUCGCACCGGUCGGAAUGGGUCAUGUGGGUCGGCAACGUCCCCUCGGACACCACGCACGACGAGUUGUGGCGCUUCUUCACUCAGUCGGGCGCCACCAUCCCCGUCUCUCCCGGCUCGCUGACCGGCCCGCCUCAGCUCAUCGGCGCCGGCGUCCAGUCCAUCUUCCUCAUCGCCCGCUCCAGCUGCGCCUUCGUCAACCUGGCAUCCGAGGCGCACCUGCAAGCCGCCAUCGCGUACUUUGACGGUCGCCCGGUGCGACCGGACGACCCACGAUGUCCGCGCCUCGUGUGUCGCGUGCGAAGGAAGGAGGACGACCUCAAGGCCGGCGUGGGUGGCCAACGCGGCACGGGUAUUCACAUGCGUUACGUAAAGGAACAGAGGGCGAAGGACCUUGCGGCGCGGGCAUUAUCGUCCUCCGAUGAAAACUCGGCGGAAGUCCCGGACACGCCUUCAACAGUCGACAGCGAAUCCGCCACCGACCCGGGUGCGCACCAUGGCCCACAUCCGCCACCCAAACACGGCAGCUCAGGUUCGGGGUCGUUCGCCUCGACCAGCUCCAGCGUCCUCUCCCGAUACUUCCCCCAGCGGUACUUUAUCCUCAAGUCCCUCACGCAGUACGACCUCGAUCUAAGCGUCGAACGGGGUCUCUGGGCGACGCAGAAGCACAACGAGGACAUUCUCGACAAGGCGUACCGGACGAGCAAAGACGUCUUCCUCAUUUUUGGUGUAAACAAAAGCGGCGAAUUCUAUGGAUACGCCAGAAUGGCCGGUCCCAUACAUGGUGAAGGUCGAACAUCCUGGGCCUCCGGUACCGACGCAUCGUCCAUCUCCUCGCGGUCUUCUCGCAGUCGCAGAUCUGGGGUUGCUAAGGAGGAAGGUGGCUCAGCGUUCCAGCCCGAGCGCACACACGAAGCACAGAUCUUCUUCUCGCCCGGAGAAUACAGGCUCAUCGAGGAAUCACCAAUGUCCAUGAGUCCUGACCCCGCCAACCCGCAAGCCGUCACCCCAGGCGCUAAGAUGGAACAUCUUCUCGGUGUGGGACGGGUUUCGUACCCUGACCGAGUGAGCCCGUCGUUCACCGAGGUGGGGCGGGACACGCUAUCUGCCCCUGGUCAGAUCGAACGACCCCAUCACACCUUCAGCUCUGAAUUACGAGAACCGGAGCGCCUCCGAGCGAACGCGGCCACGCUACUCGCUGCCGCCGCGCCUGCUCAGACGAUCGAGCUGGACGAGGAAGCACCCAUCCGAGCUUUGCGCGACAAACAAGCGGCACGUCAAGGCACCGCUCGCCGCCCUGACGGGGCAUCCUCCUUGGGCCCCGUUUCGGAGGAAGAUGAGAAAGCAGAUGCCGAUGGCGUCACUCGCAGGGAUCAUGCCCUCCGGCGACCUCCAACAGACGCGCGGCCAGACGCCACCACGCCAGGGGCAACGCCAGACGGCGACGCGGAAAAGAGCGCAGUGCAGGAAGCGGCGGACCACCCAUGGGGCGGUUCGUUCAAGGUCGAGUGGAUCCGCACGGAGCGCCUCCCAUUUUGGCGCACCCGUCAUCUACGAAACCCCUGGAACCAGGAUCGGGAGGUGAAGGUAUCUCGAGACGGCACAGAACUCGAGCCCGGCGUCGGCCAAGCGCUGUUGGAGGAGUGGGACCGAGAAGAAGCGCCUACGCAACCAUUGACAGGCGUCAGGCCGCGGCGUUCACCUAGCCAAAAGCCGCCCAGCAGCACCCCCCUCACACCAAUACCGUCCAGCUCUCACGAAACACAAGAAAUAGAACCAUCGACAACAUAG